AUGGAAAGUAAUGGAUUCCGUAACACACCUGUUACGAAAUUAUUAGUACCUAUUGUAGGUGGCUGCUCUAGUCUUGUCAUUGCUUAUAAUUCACGUCCUAAUUUACAAUUACCAGUUAAUUCACAGUUUUUGAAAAUAUUUGCUUCACAAUGGAUGUUUCCUAGCAUAGGUACUACUGUUGUCGGUACCUGGUUGAUAUAUCGCAUGAAGAUUAUUGAACAAAGAUAUGGAAGCUCUAAAUAUGCAGCCCUUAUCUUUAUUUCAUUUAUAGCAUCUACACUUCUUCAUACAGGAGCCUGGAUGACAGGCUAUCCCAAAUAUGAUGCAUCUAAUGGACCCUUUGUCAUCAUUUGCUCUGUUUUAUAUCAAUUUUAUAAAAUAGUACCCGCAAGCUACCAAACACGCAUGAUGGGUGUAAUGAUCACUGACAAGACUUAUGUUUAUCUUGCAGCAGCUCAGCUUGCCCUUUCAAACUAUUUUCCUUCCUUCUUAUCCUGCUUUUGUGGUUUACUUAUUGGAUCUAUUUAUGAUAAUACAGCAAUCAAAAAGUGGCGAUUUCCUACAGCCAUUAGAUACUUUACUACAAAAUAUCUGUUGCCCCUUUUAGGUACACACAAGCAAAAGUCAAGGACAGAAAACAGAAGUAGUCAUCGAACCGGGCAAAUGCAAGUGAAGGAAGAGGAUGUACAGACCAUGUUGGCCAUGUUUCCAGACUAUACAAAACUUGAAGUUGAGAGAGCAUUAAGAACAGCUAAAUCAGACUUGAACCGUGCAGCAGAUAUUUUACUAACACAAACAUCGACUGCAAGUAGCAGUUCAGCUGCAAACUAA